GGAGGAGAGGGCCCAAAGGAGAGAUAGGAGGAAGAGCUAUGGCCAGUGAACAGAUGGCGGAGCCUCUGCUUGGGAGCGGCAAAGAAAGAGGAGACUUGGAGGAGAUCGGGAGCUUGAAGCAGUUCCUCAAACAGUGGGUGGAGGAGAACAAGAGGCUGUGGUACUUGGCAGGCCCCUCCAUCUUCACCUCCAUCUGUCGCUACUCCCUCGGCGCCACCACCCAGGUGUUCGCUGGUCAUCUCACCACCCUCGAGCUCGAUGCCGUCUCCACCGAGAACAUGGUCAUCGCCGGCCUCGCCUUCGGCAUCAUGAUGGGCAUGGGAAGCGCCCUGGAGACACUGUGCGGCCAGGCCUAUGGCGCGAAGCAGCUCCACAUGCUUGGCGUCUACAUGCAGCGGUCCUGGGUCAUCCUUCUCACCACGUGCACCUGCCUCUUGCCGGUCUACCUGUUCGCGGCGCCCAUCCUUCGUCUGUUCAAGCAGGACGCGGAUAUCGCGGAGCUCGCCGGGAGGUUCUCCCUGUACAUGAUCCCUCAGCUCUUCGCCUACGGCCUCAACUUCCCCAUAUCCAAGUUCCUGCAGGCCCAGAGCAAGGUCAUGGUCAUGGCAGUGGUGGCGGCGAUCGCCCUCGUGUUCCAUGUUUGCUUAAGCUGGCUUCUGAUAGUCCAGUUCAAGCUCGGCCUCGUCGGUGCGGCAACCUCACUCAACAUAGCUUGGUGGAUCGUAGUGCUCGCACAGUUCGGCUACAUUGCCAUGGGUUACUGCCCUGGUGCUUGGAAUGGCUUCAGCUGGGGGGCUUUCAGGGGAUUAGGAUCAUUCGCCUGGCUCUCAAUAGGAUCUGCUAUCAUGCUGUGCUUGGAGUUCUGGUACUACAUGAUCAUCAUAGUCUUAGUGGGCCGCUUGGAGAAUGCUCAGAUAGCCGUGGCCGCCGUAUCUAUCUGCACCAACAUUAAUGGUUGGGAGUUCAUGGUGUUCUUCGGAUUCAAUGUUGCAAUCAGCGUGAGGAUAUCAAAUGAGCUCGGAGCAAGAAGGCCGAGAGCAGCCAAGUUUGCGAUAGUAUGCGUCAUUAUGUCGUCGUUGACGCUGGGACUCAUCUUCUUUACCCUCGUCUUGGCUCUAAAAGAUGUGUAUGGGAUUCCCUUCACCAACAGCCCCGACGUAAUCCGUGCUGUCUCAAGUCUCGCGGUGAUCUUCUCCUUCACACUCCUCUUCAACAGUGUUCAGCCAGUCCUAACAGGUGUUGCAGUAGGAGCUGGGUGGCAAUGGUUGGUGGCUUACGUCAACAUGGGGUGUUACUACGCGUUUGGGAUUCCCGUGGGCUGCUUACUGGCGUUCCAUUUUGGCUUUGGAGUUCAGGGGAUGUGGAGCGGGAUGUUGUCGGGAGUUGUCUUGCAGACCAUGAUAAUUGUAGCCAUGACAGUGGCUACAAACUGGAACAAGGAGGCAAUGGAAGCAGAUUCUCGAAUAAAGAAGUGGAGUGGUUCAAUCGAAGAAACCAGUAUGAAUUAUAGAACAUCUGAAGGACCAGAUAAUCUUGCAUAGUUCAUGGUCGUCAGUAUUAGCGAAGAUGAAUUCAAUAAAUAUUCAUUCAGUAAGAACUAUGUUAGCUUUUUUUUUAAUAUUUUUUUGUCAGAAUAUAUUUUUGUUGUGUGCUACAAAAGGUUUAGAAUUCUCACGCUCACAAAUAUCCAUCUGAACUAAUGCAAAAACCAUGAAAAACUAUUUUGUUGUAUUUGGAGAUUUUUAGGAAACAAACGCUUUCCUUGUUGAUUGCUA